CUCAUCACAACUCACUUUUUAUCUUCUUCAAACUUUCCUCUCCUGAUUUCUUCCCCCCAUCCUUUCCAUAUUUUAAUUUUACCACUAUGCCGAUCGACACCACCGCAGUAUCCGGCGAAAUUGUGUGUGUCACCGGAGCCGGAGGCUUCAUUGCUUCAUGGCUUGUAAAGCUUCUUCUUGAGAAGGGAUACACUGUUAGAGGAACCGUUAGAAAUCCAGAUGACCAAAAGAACGCUCAUUUGAGAAACUUAGAAGGAGCUAAAGAGAGGCUUUCUUUGUUUAGUGCUGAUCUUCUUGAUUUUGAAAGCCUUCAAGCAGCCAUUAUGGGUUGUCAUGGCAUUUUUCACACUGCGUCUCCAGUCACCGAUGACCCUGACAAAGUGGAACAAGCAAUAAUCGGAACAAAGAACGUCAUGACCGCCGCUGCUGAAGCAAAUGUUCGACGAGUGGUGUUCACAUCGUCGAUUGGCACCGUCUACAUGAACCCAAACAGAAGCCCGGACACGGUGGUGGAUGAGUCUUGUUGGAGUGACCUUGAGUUUUGCAAGAAUACAAAGAAUUGGUAUUGUUAUGCAAAGACAAAGGCAGAACAAGCAGCAUGGGAAGUGGCAAAAGAAAAAGGCAUUGAUCUUGUGGUGGUGAAUCCAAUGUUGGUAUUGGGACCAAUGUUGCAGGAAGGAGUGAAUGCAAGUGUUGUUCAUAUAAUGAAAUAUUUGACAGGAUCAGCAAAGACAUAUGUGAAUGCAGUACAAGGUUAUGUUGAUGUUAAGGAUGUUGCUAAAGCUCAUCUUUUGGUCUAUGAAACUCCCUCAGCCUCAGGAAGAUAUAUUUGCGUUGAGAGUAUGCUUCAUCGUGGUGAAUUGGUUGAAAUUCUUGCCAAUUUGUUCCCUCAAUAUCCCCUUCCCACCAAGUGUUCUGAUGAGGUAAACCCAAGAAAGAAACCUUACAAAUACACAGUUGAGAAGCUGAAGUCAUUGGGAAUGGAAUUCACACCAAUUAAACAAUGUAUUUACGAAACUGUGAAGAGCCUGCAAGAAAAGGGCCAUCUUCCACUUCCCACCUCCCAAAUUCAACAUUAAUUAGUGUUAUCCCUACUGUUUGAUUUGUAAUUUUUUGGAAUAUUUAAUUGCAUUCAAACUCAUUUUAUUCCUCAAAUAAAAUUAUAUGAUAAUUUCUUUA